AUGCAACAAGAGGCACAACCAAAUGUAUCCUACCAGCAAAGGGAUAUUAAUCAAGCCAACUUGAAUAUGCAGACUAGUGAGACCACUAUUGGAGUUGAUGAUGGAGAAGUCCAAAACAACUAUCUUAAACUCAUUAGUAGCACAAAUUUGGAAGAGGAACAGAAUAGUGGUUUUGAAUAUAAUAUGGAGAAUGGGAGAAUUCUAGGUUUUCAAAAUGCUCAUUCAAACAGCAAUAGUCAAAUAUGGAUCUUUUGGAAUGAUUCAGUGGUGUGUAAUGUGGUAGAGGAGAAUGAACAACAAGUAACAUAUUCUGUCAGUUGGGAUGAGGUUGUAGUGCUGGAUCUGACCAUUCCCCACUAUACUAUUGCAAAAGCAACAGAAAGGGAACAUGUAAAGUACUUUAGGUUUCAAAAUUUCUGGACUGAAGAAGAAGGCUUCAAUGUAGUGGUGGAGCAAGCCUGGGGUAUUAAGGUACAGGGAUCUCCAAUGUGGAGAUUUCACUUAAAAUUGAAGAAUACUUGCAAGAAGUUAUCUGAAUGGUCUAAGAGUUCUAUUGGCAAUAUUUUUGAUAAGAUUAAAGAGUUGGAAGGCAGAGUAGCUGACUUAGAAGCCAAUCUAAUUACUGAUAAUAGUGAAAAAAAAGAAGCUUUAUUUGAAGAAGAUAAGGAAAGAAGAUGGAAGCUGGGUGAUGGUGAGGAGGAUGUUGCCAAAGAAGCUAUCUCCUUCUUUCAGAGACAAUUCAAAAAGGAAAGUUGCCAUAAUGACUUUUCGGUUUUGAGUUGUAUCCCUAAAACCAUUGAGGAAGCAGAUUAUGAUAGAUUAACAACAUUACUUAUGAUAGAGGAACUGAAAGAUGUGGUGUUCUCUAUGAGUUCACAAAGUGCUCCAAGUCCUGAUGAAGUCUCGGCGAAACUCUACCAUUCAUGUAUUGAUAUACCAAAGGCACUCACUCACACCUGUCUGAAACUGGUAUCUCCUAAUCAGACAGGGUUUAUCAAAGGGAGGUCUAUCACAGAAAACAUUAUGUUGACACAAGUGGUUCACAAUAUUAAUAAAUCAUCACUUGCUGGGAAUGUAGUUUUGAAACGGAAUAUGGCCAAAGCAUAUGACAGAGUCUCUUGGGAAUACCUCUGUCCAGUGCUUAGGCAAAUGGUGUUUUCAGAAUGUUGGAUAGAUAUGGUAUGGAGGCUCAUGACUAAUGUGUGGUAUUCUAUAAAUAUCAACGGAAUUAGGUAUGGCUUCUUCAAAUCUAGUAGAGGAAUCAAGCAAGGGGAUCCUCUUUCUCCAUCCCUAUUUGUGAUUGGUGCAGAAUUAUUGUCGAAACUUAUGGGUAGCUUAAUUGGCUCAGGAUUCAAUCCAUACUUUGCAGAAAAGAAGGGUCCCACCAUCACUCAUCUGUGCUAUGCUGAUGACACCAUUCUCUUCUCAUCCUGUGACUCAUUAUCAUUAAACACGAUGAUGGAAAAAUUGAGGCUCUACGAACAAGUUUCAGGAUAA